ACUUAGUUUGAAAAUAGCUUUUUGGAAAGAAAAAAAAGCCUAGCUAUUAGCUAACGCGCGAGGUUUGUGCGCCGUAGCUGAGAAGUUCUAAACAAUAUUUCUAUAGUACGUCAAUAGAGACACAACCCUCCAAAAAUAUAAUAGAGUUGAAAUCUAAUAAGAUUGAGAGUGUACAGUCGGACAGCUCUUUCAGAGUACUCGGUCGGUAAGUUAAAGUCUAAGUAGAGCAGCUCAAGUUCGCUAACGUUAGCUAGAAUACGAGCAUCUCCACUCAACAGAGCAGUGAAGGAGGGCGAAGAACUGAGAGUACAGUGGGAAACGUAGAGCUGUCUGUCUAAUUGUACAGUUCACAAGAAAUGGCCCAUCGUGUUGCUGUGAAUGAUGCCGCUGGAUCUAAACGGACUUCAAGGGUUCGGGUUGCGGUGCGGCUCCGACCCUACAUGGAUAAGCAGGACGAGAAAGGCGAAGGUCCAUGUGUCAGAGGACUGGGACCGCAGACUUUAGAGAUCGUCAACUGGAGGAACGCCACUGAGACUCUGCAAUAUCAGUUUGAUGCUUUUCACGGAGAGAAAACCACUCAGCAGGAAGUUUUUUUGUCAUCAGUGAAGCCCAUUGUCUCCCACAUCCUUAAUGGUCAAAAUGCCAGUGUCUUCGCCUACGGACCAACUGGAGCUGGAAAGACCCAUACCAUGCUGGGUAGCCAAGAGCAGCCAGGAGUGAUCCCUAGGGCUGUUCGCGAGGUAUUCCAUCUGGUGCGCACCCAAGAGAAAGACCAGGGUGAAUGGGGGUUCUCUGUCGGCAUGUCCUAUCUAGAAAUCUACAACGAAAAGGUUCUGGACCUCUUGUCUCCAAACUCUCAAGAUCUGCCAAUCCGUGAAGAUAAAGACAAAAACAUAAUCAUCCCAGGCUUGACUCACACCUCCCUCUCAUCCUUCUCCGAUUUCCACACUCACUUUGUUCCAGCCAGUCUAAACCGCACUACAGCCUCCACCAAACUCAAUCAACGUUCUAGUCGAAGUCAUGCAGUUCUUCUGAUCAAGGUUGUGAAAUCUCAGCGUGUUCCUCCCAACCGACAGCAGACAGGGAAGCUCUACUUGGUGGACCUUGCUGGUUCAGAGGACAACCGACGUACAGGCAACCAAGGCAUUAGACUCAAAGAAAGUGGUGCCAUCAACCUGUCCCUCUUCACACUCAGCAAGGUUGUGGACUGCUUGAAUGCUGGGACUGGGGGCCGAGUUCCUUACAGGGACAGCAAGCUCACUCGGUUGCUUCAGGAUUCGCUGGGUGGCUCGGCCCAUUCAGUCAUGAUCACAAACAUUGCCCCUGAGUACAAGUAUUACUUUGACACGUUCACUGCUCUCAACUUUGCUGCCAAGUCAAAGCACGUUGUCAAUCGUCCAUUUGUCCGAGAGACGAUGUUGGACUCCACAAACAGUCAACAUCCAGUUGCAAGGAAGAGGACCAGCGAGGAGCUGGAAGCAGAGGGAUCUGGAGAGCCACGGAAUAAAAGGCUAAAGGGCUGCAGGAGGCUGGAGCAGCCACCACCCACACACCCACAAAGCCCAGUGGAUUCAUCGGUGUUGGACAGGCUUCUUGCUUUGGAGAAAAUGAUAUUAGGCUCCCCAGAGAGAGAACGGCUCAACUUGCUCAAAACAGUCGCCCAGUCCCGCCAAGAGAUUCAGAAACUGAAAGAGAAGCAGAAGGAGCUGGAGGAAAAGGCAGACAUGCUCAAAGUGACGGGAGAUCAUAGUGGUGUGAUGGAAGAAAAAGAGGGCCCAAGCAGGAGUGCGACACUCUUUAAGACAGAUAUACCUGCACUCCACAAGAAACAGUCCACUGUAGCCAAGCCCAGGAAACAACAGGCAGUUGUCAACCCAUUACAGGUAUCUCAGGUACUGCCUUUACAGCAAUGUGCUGUGGUUUGCAAACCAUCUAAAGUCAUGGAAAAGAAAAGAAAACAGACAGAGAUUACUGAGGGUAAGGAGAACAGACGCCUAGACUCCUGUGGGGAAGAGGUGAACUGGGAGUCCCAAUUGGACUCUUCCCUUCUGGAACAGUCAAAAAAAAAGAUCCUCCAGACACUCAACUCUGGUUCACUUAAAGAGCUGAAGAGCCUUCAGCUCAUUGGUGAUAAGAAGGCCAAACUGAUCCUUGGCUGGCGAGAGAUCAACGGUGAUUUCACCCAGGUGGAGGACUUGAAGAAAAUUGAAGGCAUUACAGCAAAGCGGUUUUCCUCUUUCAUUAAGGCCAACAUUCUCAGUGCAGUGGGUAUGUGAUGAUGUGGGGGGUGGCAUUGCUUUAUGGAUUUUUUUUUUAAUGCUCCUGGGGCUUGAUAUGUAAUUCUGUGCAUACUUUUAAUUUUUUUUUUUCUUUUAUGAAUGGCAUGUUUUAGUUUUUGUAUUUAAUUGAUUUGUAUACAUGUAUGAUGCAUUUUAUCCAGAGGCACAGAGAUGGUGCUUAAUAAAUACCACGUUUGGGUCACAA